AUGGGCAACUUUUCCGAGUCCCCGGAGCGCGGCCGAGAACGGCUACACGACAAUGGCAUCGCACACGCUGCUAUCGAGUUCGCCCACCAAGCCGAGAAAUUGUCACUGCAAAAAAGCGAGAGUAACAACAACGAUUCCGAGGUUGCGGUCGAAGCUCGCUUCGUAACACCUCAAGAUCCCGUCAUAGUCACAUCGGACGGCAAGAGACUACCGGGUGUACCACUUCAAGAGGCACACAAGUUGAACAUUCUCAAGGAAGAACUUCAAGACGGUUCAGCUGUGGCCAAGAUCAAGGAGGGAAAUGACACGGACGGAAAGGUCACAAAUGCCGGUGUGCUAUCAGAGAAACGAGAGAGGAUUGUCUCUCUACCGACCGAUGCAAAUGGGAAAUCCAUGCAGAAAUCAGGUGAAGCACCUCUUCGUCGCCAAACACCUCCCUCACAUACCAACCCAUUGUUUCCGCCUCUACCUCUCUACGGGCCUCCGUCAAUGUUUCGUAAUUUUCAAUGCUUGAUAUUCCGUGUUUCAGCAUUCUUCCUCAGUUUGGCCUUUCUCGGGGUCAUUGUGCUUGGUGCGCUCUUCACCAGCAUCCCACCGCUGUGCAAGAGGAUCUUAUAUCGCCUGACACUGCAAAAUCCCGAUAAGAAGAGGCCCUUCCACGAAGAGGAGGCACGCAGAGCCAAGAGUCGCAAGGAGGAGAACAAAAAAUGGAAGCGCAACAAGACCAGCGAUAGGCUGGGUAAAGUGAACGAAGCUGCUGAUGAGUUCGUUCCGACUGAAGGGGGACCAGACCCGAUCGUCUGCGACGUGGGCUAUUACGCUCGCCGUGUUGGCCUGGAUGUUGAGGAAAUCGAGGUGCAGACCGAGGACGGCUUCCUCAUUGACCUCUGGCACGUAUACGACCCCAAGGAAUACACAAGAAUGAGCGAAGACGAUAGGUCCGACAGAGGACCCGACAUCUUCCAGUCUUCCAAGAAAAAGCUCAAGGAUCCUAGUCAGAAGCGCAAGUUCCCUGUUCUACUCAUCCACGGUCUCCUACAAAGUUCCGGCGCAUAUUGCACAAACGACGAAAGUUCGCUCGCGUUCUACCUGUGCAAGUCUGGCUACGACGUCUGGCUGGGCAAUAACCGAUGCGGCUUCAAGCCAAAGCACACCUCGCUCAAGUACACCGAUCCAAGGAUGUGGUGCUGGAACAUCCGACAGAUGGGCGUCUUUGAUCUGCCGGCGCUCACAUCGCGCGUGCUCUACGAGACCGGCUUCGAAAAGAUCGGGUUGAUCUGCCACUCACAGGGCACUACCCAGACGCUGGUCGCACUCGCCAAGGAGCAACGGCCAGACCUAGGCGAAAAGUUGACCGUCUUCUGCGCGCUCGCGCCGGCCGCCUACGCCGGUCCCUUGAUUGGCAAGAUGUACUUCAAAUUCAUGAGGAUCAUCACUCCGGGCAUGUUCAGGUUGAUGUUUGGCAUCCACGCCUUCAUCCCCUUCAUGAUGCAGAUGCACCAGCUGCUUCACCCAAAGGUCUACGGCUGGCUCGGGUACAAAGUCUUUUCUUUCCUCUUUGACUGGACGGACACGAGGUGGGAUCGCGGUCUCAAGGAUCGCAUGUUCCAAUUCGCACCCGUCUACGUCAGCGCGGAGUCGAUGCGCUGGUGGCUGGGCAGAGAAUGCUUCGCGCGACACAAGUGCAUCCUCUCAACAAAAGAAGACGUCCGCGCCGAGGAGAAGGAGGAUAAUAUCAACGGUCAGGAUGCCACCAACACCAACGGCAAUAGCCACACGCUCCGAGCCGACGAUGCGGACGGCGUCAUGUCGCAACGGACCGUAGACGACCACGUCCGCAGACCGAAGGGAUCCACAGCUUGGUACAACGAGCAAGUGCCCCCGUUUGCGCUCUGGGUUGCGGGCAAUGACGACCUCGUGGACGGAAAGAAGCUCCUCCGCCGCUUCGAACGCGGGCGCGAGCCGCACGUCAACGUCGUGCACAGCAAGGUCAUACCAGAGUACGAGCACCUCGACGUCAUUUGGGCCAUGGACGCGCCGGAACAGGUGUUUAAGGAGGUGCGCGAGGUGCUGUGGAAGACGUGCGACGUCAGGGACGCGUGUCGGGUGCCGGUGGCGUGUGAGGAGGUUGAGCAGUGGAUACGGCCACCGCCGAGGAAGCUCGCUAACGGAGCCGUGGAGGAGAGCCAAUCUAGCAGUGACGAGACCGAAUAG